AUGCAACAUACCACCCGAGCAUUUCACCAAGGCAAGGUGCUAGCUGCCACUGCCAUGCCUUUGAAAGCUGGCUCGUCUAACCACCAGCCAGCAGCAGCAGCUUGUAUCGUUGAGGCGAAUGAAACAGCCUACAUCCCCGUCGCAUUGGCGAGAUCGCACUUGGAGCGUGUAGUGCAGGACAUGCACGCGUUGCAAGCAGACCACGCGACCAAACUGGCCACUGUCGUCGACAGAUACAACAAGAUCGAAGCGUCCACGAAAGCUCACUACGAAGCGUUCGUGGGCGAGUUGAAACGGCGGACGUUGGACCGAGUUCAGAUGCACAAGCAGCAGUACUCCCGCCUACAAAGCGAAAGUGACCAAGCCAAAGCCGAGGCAACGAACGACCUCCACCAGCUACAAGAGACCAUGGCCGAGCACGACCGCUGCCACGCGGCGGAGUGGCACAGCUGGCUCAUGGAGCGGGAUGCUCUGGCCAAUCAGCAUGCAGCGGACGUGCUAGCCUUGCGACAUUCGUACGAGAUGGAGCUGGCCCGACUGAGUGCCGUGGCGCGAGUGCAGCGAGAGAAUGCGGCGCGGGCGUUGGCGCAUUGUGGCCUCAUGAGCGAAGAUUGGCGUUGGGAAGUCCAGCUGUUGAGAUCCGUUGAGAUGGCUACAGAUAAUCCAACUCAGCCAAUAAAAAGCGACAACGACAACACCAGCACUUGUGGGUUGGACGCUCGACUGUGGGUGGACUGGCUUGUCGACCGCGCUUUGCACCAAGCAGAUGUUCACGGCCUCCAAACAGUCUUACGCCAAGCUAAGACUGAUAUUGCGCACACUCAAGCGAUGUACGACGACUUGAUGGUGACGUCGCAGGUGGCGGCAGUGCUGGCGACCGUCGUCUGUGACGUGGUGGAUACUAUACAACCAACGAGCAGAACUUCGGCAGCCAAAGUCCUGCCAUUCCCAUCGAAAAUGGCGGCGGCAUUUCAUCAUGGCACCAAGUGGAAAAGUAUCGUGGCGUUAGAGCCCCCGCAAGAAUACGCCCACUUGAUCGCAUGUGAAAUGGACAUGGAAGUGCUCAAGACGCAGCUGGAUACGCUCAAAGGGCAAAGCACGGCUGUGUUUCAGACCAAAACCGCAGCCAAGCAGCGUAUCAAAGAAUGGCUCAAUGACUUUCAAGCCAAGUACAACCGAGACCCGACCUUGACGGAUAAAGCGCAGGUGAAGGACUUGUACGUGGCGUUCAAGCAAGCCGAAGACGACCACGCGCGGCUCAAACAAGACACUGCGACAGCCAAAGCCGCAUACGACCUCAAAGUGGCCGAAGUGGAGACGCUGCAGGGCUCGGGCAACAUGAGGCAAUUUCCCCACCACACACUGGUCGCCCAUUUACGCACCGCGUUGGACGACGCCCAAGCCAAAGUGGACGCGCUGCAGUCGCGCCUCAAAACACCACCCUCGAUACAAGAACCACACAGCUCAAAUUACCCCUCGGUGCAAGAACAUCGCCCCCAACCGGCGGUCGUCCUUGAGCGUCAACCCUCGUUAAAAGGACCUGUCACGACAAACACAUCCCCAAGGAUUGUCUCGCAACCCUCGAUACAAGCACUCGAUGCGUCGCCAGGCCCUGCCAUUCAGCUUCCCAUGACACAAUCGUCGCAGCCCGGCAAGCCCUUGUUAGAAGCACCACUGUCAUCGAUCCAACCUCAACACCCGCCCUUGAUUGAAGAACAUAGUUCGUCCCUUGUAUUGCCGUUGACAGCGUCGCCAGAACACUCCGAUGUGUCGCUGGCUGCCCCUUCCAAGGACGCACAAAAACGAACCUCUUUACAAGGACACUUCUCCACCUCCAACGACACACAACCGCCUUCCCAAGCUCACACGAUCGAAGUUUCCUCUACAGAAAAGGCCCAGUCUCCCUCGAUAGAAGACAAGGCGUCCAUUUUAAAGUUGAAGGCAGCGUUGGCUGCAGAGCAUGAAGUCGCUCGUUCGUUGAUCGAAACCCAAUUGGCAUUACAAGAGGAGCUUUUGUCAUGGCGAGUCCAAGCCGCCUCGUCGAGUGCGGCAACUCUGGCAGCCGACACAUUCCACGAUACGUCAAAUGAUCUGGAUCCGGAUAACGACAAGAAUGACGAUCUUGAUAUUGACGAAGGAGAAGACAUCUCCAGUGGAAAUACUAGUAGUACCAGUUUAAUUGCCGAGCCAAAGUUGCAAGGCGACGUCGACGGGAGCGGGCUGGGAGCAGCCGUCCAACGCGCCAAAGCAGCCAUCGAAGCUGGCAAAGUCGCAUGGAAUCAAGGGGAUAAGGCAGGCUGCCACGUCAUUCUCUUGUCGGCGUGCCACGCCAUCGCUCCAAUAAAUGUCCCUGGAGGGGACGUGGUGGCGCUGGCAGUGGCGGAAGCCGCGACGGUCGUACCAGCCAAAGGCGCGGUGGUCCUGCGCAAGGCGUUGGAUGCGUUCGUUGCUGGCCACCCAAACGCUGACUCUGCCGUAGCUGCUCACCAACUGGCAACAACGCCACCAGUGCAAGCCAAAGCCCAACGCAACACAAACACUCUAGCUACUGGGAGCGACGGAUCUGCCAACUCGACGAAAGUCGCCAACGAGUACAAGCAAAAGCUCAAAGUGGUCGAGUCCAAGUGGAAGGCCGACCGCGUCAAGUUGAAUCAGUUGGAGCAGGCGUUGACCAAGGCCAACAAUGCAGGAGGCAAAGGCGGUAGCGACGGUGGGGAUGCCGUGUCCGAUCGUGUGUGGACGAAGAAGUUAGCGGACGCUGAAAAGAAAGCGCAAAAGGUGGUCGACGACCUGCAAACCCAGUCCACGCGCCAAAUUACAGCAUUAAGAACGGAGCUGGUGCAAGCGUCAGCGACUGUCUCGGACUUGACGAAUCAAGUGCAAGAGCUCACGACAACUGUGACGGCAUUGCGCACGCAAACCGCUCGGCUAUCGCAGCUGGAGAAGGAUAUGGUGGGCUUGCAAGCUGAAGCCGCGACGGCCGCAACGUUAACGACCAAUUUGAAUACGCUGACGCAGCAGUACGCGACACUGGAAUCCCAAUACAAAGAAGAGCAAGCCCUGCGCAAGAAAUAUUACAACACGAUCGAGGACAUGAAGGGCAAAAUCCGAGUCUACUGCCGCUGUCGCCCUAUGAGUUCCAGCGAACUCGACCGGAACUGCCACUCGUGCGUGCGGUUCCUAGACGACUUUACGCUCGAAGUGGACACGGCACGUGGCCCGCGGAGUUUUACCUACGACGCCGUAUUCAAUCCGUCGCAUACUCAAGACCACGUGUUUGAAGACACAAAACACUUGCUGCAGUCGGCAUUGGACGGGUACAACGUGUGCAUUUUUGCCUACGGGCAGACCGGGUCUGGCAAAACGUUUACGAUGACUGGCACGGAUUCACAUCCAGGGAUCACCAAGCGGUUGAUCGAGCUCAUGUUUGCCUUGCAAGAGUCUCAAGCGUCCAACCAAUCAAUUUCCUACGAAGCGAGCAUGCUCGAGCUGUACAACGAUCAGCUGAUCGACUUGUUGGCGCAGUUGGAUCCGGCCUACAAAGAAGACAAGGCGCUUAAGCUGGACAUCAAAAAGAACGAAAAAGGCAUGGUCGUUGUCACUAACGCCGCGUCCAAAGAGUGCACGUCGGCCCACCAAACGCUGCGAAUGUUUGACGCGGCCAAUAAAAAAAGACAAGUCGGGUCGACGAAAAUGAACGCCGAGAGCUCGCGGUCGCACUCGGUGUUUACGGUGCUCAUCCACAACUACAAUAAAACCACCAAGCAGACAAGUGUGGGCAAGCUGAGUCUGGUGGAUUUGGCUGGUUCCGAACGGGCAGGCAAGACCGGCGCCACCGCAGACCGGUUGAAAGAAGCGCAAGCUAUCAACAAAAGCUUGAGUGCACUGGGCGAUGUCAUUUCCGCCCUCUCCACAAAUGAAAAGUUCAUUCCAUACCGGAACAACAAGUUGACGCAACUCAUGCAAGACUCGCUGGGCGGCAAUGCCAAAACGCUGAUGUUUGUCAACAUUUCGCCCGCCGACUACAACCAAGAAGAAACGCAAACGAGCUUGUCUUAUGCAUCCCGCGUCAAGUUGAUCACAAACCAGGCCAACAAGACGUCCGACAGCGAAGAAGUGGCCAAGCUCAAAGCCAUCAUCAAGCAGCUCAAAGCUGGAAGUGUUGUGGACGACGAUGUUGCCGCUAGCGAAGGCGACUCGGUGUUUGUAAACCGAGGGAAUUGCAAUUUGGUGCUUCGCCCUGUCGUUUUGAUUGGUGGUGUGGGGUCCAUCCGCAAGAGUUUCGAUCCACUGACCAACCAUUUUCCGAUUUCCACAGCAAAAUGGCCUCGUUUGUGUUGUUCGAAUCGGCCUCCGGGUACGCGCUCUUCGAAGUGGUCGAGUCGGAGCAGAUUGCCGUGUUGCUCGAUCAAGUGCAACAGGGCGUGCAAGACUUGGGCAAGUUCGGUGCCGCCGUCAAGCUCAAGGCGUUCUCUCCCUUCGUGUCGGCUGAAUCCGCGCUCGAAAACAUCAACGCGAUCUCGGAAGGGUUGGUCACGGACGACUUGCAAGCGUUCCUCGAGUUGAACCUCCCCAAGGCGAAGAAGUCCAAGUCCGCCGCGGUCACCCUCGGCGUGUCGGACAAAGGUCUCGCGCAAUCCAUCACGGACGCGCUCCACUUGUCGGUCAACACGAACGAAACCACCCUCGAAGUACUUCGCGGCGUGCGCCUCCACUUUGCCAAGUUCAUCAAGGAGCUAGACCAUGGCGUCUGGUCCAAGGCCCAACUCGGUCUCGGGCACUCGUACUCGCGCGCCAAGGUAAAGUUCAACGUGAACCGCGCGGACAACAUGAUCAUCCAAGCCAUCGCGCUGCUCGACCAGCUUGACAAGGACAUCAACACGUUCGCCAUGCGUGUGCGCGAGUGGUACUCGUGGCACUUCCCCGAGCUCCUCAAGAUCGUGCCCGACAACUACGUGUACGCUCGCUGCGCCGCGUUCAUCCAGCACCGCACGUCCCUCUCGGAGGAAUCGAUCGAGGAACUGUCCAAGCUCACGAUGGACGAAGACAAGGCGGCGGCCAUCGUCGCCGCGUCGCGCACGUCCAUGGGUAUGGACAUGUCGGAGCUCGACAUGCUCAACGUGGCGAACUUCACUUCGCGCCUCAUCGGGCUGGCCGAGUACCGCCAACAGCUGCAUGCGUACCUGCACUCCAAGAUGGGCCAAGUCGCGCCCAACCUAGCAGCGCUGAUCGGCGAUGCCGUCGGCGCCCGCCUCAUCUCGCAUGCCGGCUCGUUGACCAACCUGGCCAAGUGCCCAGCUUCCACGGUGCAGAUCCUCGGUGCGGAGAAGGCUCUGUUCCGCGCGCUCAAGACCCGCGGCAACACGCCCAAGUACGGCCUGCUGUUCCAUUCUAGCUUUAUCGGACGCGCCGCGGCCAAGAACAAGGGCCGCAUCAGUCGGUACCUAGCCAACAAGUGCGCCAUUGCGUCGCGCAUCGACAGCUUCAUUGACGAACCCACGACCGCGUACGGCGACCAGAUGAAGGAGCAAGUGGAGGAACGUCUGGCGUUUUACGAAAGCGGCGCCGCGCCCCGCAAGAACGUGGACGUGAUGGCGCAAGUGAGUGAGACCCUCAAGGCGAGCGCCGCGGCGCCGCUCAAGAAGCGCAAGAGCAGCGACAAGGCGGAGAAGAAGGCCAAGAAGGCCAAGAAGGAAGACAAGGUCGAGGAAGAAGAAGAGGUGGUGGUGGACAAAAAGAAAAAGAAGGCCAAGAAGAACAAGGAGUAACCCACGUGGUCGUCGAUAGAUGAGAAAGAUAUAUACUAGUACUUACAUAUGGUCCAAAUUGAGACUUGAAUGACGUGGCAACGUACUAAUAGGG